CUCUAUGCAUGCUAUCGUCGCUAGGUUCAGCGCUCAGCCUCACGUACCUAAACUCCGAUUUAACUGUAUCAUAGCCCAUUAACGCAUUCAAAAUUGCUUCUACUUUUAAUGACAACAAUCCCUCUCUAAAUAGGUAGUUAGCGGUUUAAUCUUGGUUCAUAUAGUAUUCGAAAGCCAUGGCGGGCAUCGGGGAAGCUUCGACCAUCGCAGGUCUCCUCUCAUUCGGCAUACAAGUGACCACAGCGCUCUACUCCGUCGCAAACGGCAUCGGUGCCGCCGGCGAAGAAGUGCGAUAUGUCGCCAAAGACGUAGAUUCCGCCACGCAGAUAAUGAAGACAAUCCAAAGCGUUCUGGACAAGCAACCGCGCUUCAACGACGAGAUCAGCGGCGUGGUCAAACGCAUCAUGGGCAUCUGCGACGAGAUCUUCAGAAUAUACGAUGUUCUGCAGAAAAGUCUCGUUCCCCUUCUAGAGCGUUUCCGGGAUAGUGAGAGGAAGCUCGAACAGUUCGGUCUUCGCCUUAAAUGGUAUUUUCGGAGCAAGGAGAAGGUUAUCGGCUGCAGACGCUCUCUGCAGCAGCAGAUCGCGAUGUUGACGCCGAUUUUGACGCUCUUGAGUAUUGACCGGAGCGGUGCAGGGCAGAACAAUUAUUAUGUGCAAAACAUCCAAGUCAAAUAUAUUUUGGAGAACAGCACUGCGUCCCUACAACGCAGCGCUAGCAAUCAGCCACAGCCGCGAGUUUCGUCAUAUUCAUCUCGUUCACCACUUCCGCCAUCAGGCGGAGACGCCAGUAGAGAUAGACCGGAGUCGAGGGGUACUUCUUCUGCAGGGGAUGGUGACGAUGCAACAGGAUGCACCGGCAGAAGGACAUCCGCUGCCACUGCCGACACAUUGGACAGCCAUACUGCCUUGGUCCGGUACCGCUCAUCUGACAAGAAUAUCGUGAGCUUUUCAGAGGAAGAAGUCGAAGAAGCCGAAGAAGUCAGCCAGCAAGUGGAAGAAGCGCUUGACGGAAGCCUGGAUACUAUAUCCGACGAAGACAUCGAAUUCGUCACCGUGGAAACGUAUUCUGUAGAAAUGCAGUUUUCCAGACUCGUACGGCGGUUGCUAGUCGACCUAGAAAACGAAAACGCGCGGACAAACUCGGAGAACGAAAGCCCGUCAUCUCCAGCUCAAGUCCCGAAGCCUGAGGCUGAAGUUCCCGACCAGAAACAGAAAUGGACGAGAAUAAACAGGCCAGAUGGGACGUGGAGUGUAUUCCCAGUCGACACAAUCGAUACCUCAAACAAACUCCUCCUCGCGCUGCACGACCUAGACUUCGACAUCUCAAGCGUCAGACCCCCAGAUCUAUCGCAAGAUAGAUUCCUCACCAUGCUCAAGCAGGACCCCGAUAACCUUACCUUGCACCCCGACGCACUCGAGCGUAUUCUCAAACAAAACGAGAUCAGGAUCACCGAUUCCGAUAGCUCGGUCAUCAUCCCCCGGCUAUGGGAAAGGCAUUCGAACCAAGCGAGGACGAUUUCUAUAAAAAGCACGAAAUUGACAUCGAUGGAAACCUUGAAUGGCCAGACUCUGGAGGAUGAGCUGGUGAAGAAAUGGGGGAAGAUGUGGAGGUAGGAUGGCCGGUGUGAUAGAGAACUUGGGUACUGCUAGAUUUAAAUUGGAAACUCGAAUUUAUCUUCCGAAUGAUUAUAUCAAUUGGCAUAUAGAUAGGUACCUAUGAAUGAAUAAUUUAAAUGAAUACUUACCUAGGUAGGUACUGCUGAGUACCUAU